CUGUCCGACCGCAGAAGCUGCCACCUAUUUCAUUCUUCGCGUGACUUGAUGCCUGUAUCCUCAUUAAGUCAAAUCAAACCUGGCCUUUACGUCUCCAUCGUCCUCAAAGCCGAUCAACGGAGUGGAAGGCAAGUUCAAGGCAGAGUUGCGCAGACAUUAACUCGACACAAUCAUCCUCGAGGCAUCAAAGUCAAGCUCACCGACGGCAGAGUUGGACGGGUGCAGCAAAUCCUAGACGAGAAUCAGAACAACAGACCUAGAAACGCCAUGUCAUCGAAUAACAAUCCAUGGGCAGAUAGCGUGUCCCAGGGACAAUCUCAAGGCUAUCAACCUCAACAGUCCCAGCAGAACAGCCAACCUCCCAUGUCUUACGCGGCAUACCAGCUAGCGCAAAACGCACAAGAGAACCCGUGGGGAGGACAGGAUCAGUCUCAGGGCUACAACAACUACAACCCUCCGCAGCAAAGCUCGUUCGGAUACAACGCUCCACAGGGUGCUCCUCCCACACAACCCAUUCGAAGGUCCGACACCGAGCAGUUACUCGCCCAGCAGACCGACCGAGCGGAACAAGUCGAGCACAUGCAACAGUAUGAGUCUGCAACACCGAUGAGCGAAGAUGACCGCAACCAGGCCGACCUACAACGACAAUUCCCCAACAUUGACUCCAGUCUCAUCGCGGCGAUCUACAACGAGAGAAAACCCGACAUGGCUGAAGUGAGGGAAUUGUUACAAGAGCUGAACACGUCCUAGAUUACAAGAUCAGCCUAUGCACUUGCCUAUCUUGGACUUCUAGGACCUGUCGGCACCGAGCUGGACGAGCAAGCGAGAAAGGCUUGCGUAUCGAAUUACGACAAUAUACCCGCCGGCGUGUGCUGGCGGCAUAACGGGAUACCGAAUGCACGAAUGAGCAAAUAUGAUAUGGGUGGAAAACUUGAAGAUUGCGCUUUCUCUCUGCAUUAUCUGAACCCCUGAGCACAGUUUGUACCUCGCAAUCCACUACUCUAAACAUCUCUGGUCGGACCGGGAGGGGAAUUGCAUUGCCCACUCGCCUGCUUCGUAAUCGUAAGGAAUGUUGACUGUCACUGUGCUUAAGCGUGCUGAGAUAUGACGUGGCUCGGCUAAAGAUAGGCCAUCAACCAAUGUAUACCUAUCUUGACAUUGUACACCAAAAGGAAUGACAUGUGUUUCAGAGUUUGUGCAUUAGAGGUACUGGUUCUUGUGGUGGCGCGGCGUGGACUUUUCUUCCUCGUAAACCAACAAAAAAAACAGCAGCC